GUGGCUUAUAUAUACCCCAAGAUACAAAUAUUCCACAAAAAGCUUAAAAAACUAGUCUUUGUUUUCCAAAGACAUAUUUAAGCAAUGGAUAUGCCCUCAUCAUGGCUACCAGAGCUGGAAAUGCAAGAUCAAGUGUUCAUGAAUCAAUAUCAGAUGAACAAACCUUAUUACUAUCCAAUGGAGGAUUUGAGCUGUGAUUCAUUUUCAUCAUACAGCUACACAGAAGAUCCCUCUUUCACCAAUCAAUCAGUUCAAACUGAUUAUAAGUGUCUCGAAGAACCAUUUAAUUACAAAAAGUUUGAUAAACCUACAACUGAAAAACCUAAGCGAAAACUAGUUUCUGAUUCUCCUAACACUUUCACAAUAUCCUUUGGAGAUAUACAACCUAAAGAUGAGUUCCUUUCUUUUAGUGAUUCCUACGGUAUGAAAAGAACUCGGUCCACUAUUCGGAAUCCGAUUAAGGUUCAAGAUCAUGUGUUGGCUGAGAGGAAGAGAAGAGAAAAGUUGGCUCAGCGGUUUGUUUCUUUGUCUUCGGUCCUUCCAGACCUGAAAAAGACGGAUAAGGCAACUGUGUUAGAAGAUGCGGCUAAUUACAUCAAAGAACUACAAAAUCGCGUGAAGGAACUCGAGGAACUAUCCGGGAUAAAGAGUAAGAGCAUGCAAGAAUCUGUGAUAACCGGUAAGAGAUCGAGGCUUAGUAGUAGUGAUGAUAAUGGUUCGUGUUCUAAUGAAGGAAACUUUGAAGAGAGUAGUAGCCCUUGCAAUCCGGAGAUCCAAGUGAGCAUGUCCGGGUGCAGUCUGCUCGUAGAAAUCUACAGCUGGAAAAACUGUAUAUCAUUAUUGAAAGUGCUAAGCGAGAUGAAGAAACUUGGUUUAUCUAUUAUGAGUUGCAGCACCAUGCCGUUUGCAGAUACCACUCUUCUUGUCACCAUUGUUGCUCAGAAGAAUGACGACUUCGUUAUGUCAUCAGCGGAUGUCGUGAAGAACCUUCAACUAGUUGUUUGAACCAUAAAUUUAUUCAGUCGUUUAGCAACUAAUGUACUGAAAAUUAUUCUAUCGAUAUUUGUCUGUUUGAACUUCAAUCUUAAUUGCUUCUGAUGUUUACUAGGGUUUUUAGCCA